AUGAAGGAAAAAACGCAGUAUUCAUCCGUGACUAAAAUUUUCGCGGUUUCCCUUUUGGUGUGGCUAUGCCAGUAUUCUAAUGAGUCAUCUGCCAUCGGUAAAUCAUGGAUUGAAGAACAGGGCAAAAACAACUUAUCAGCUGCAACAGCUCGUAGGGUAUUAAAGGAAGAUGAAGAAGUAAUUGCAGAACAGAGAAAUGCCCUCCUUAAAGAAAAAUUGAUAGGAUUAAUAGAAGACGGACAAGAAGACAAUGAUGAUAAUUUGAACUUUGCAAAAAGGUUUAAUGCGCUAAUACAGGAAGAGAACUUCCAAAAAGGAUUAAAUCCAUCGCUGAAGGAUGAAAACGGAAAGAGGGAAAUGAACCCCUCGGAAUAUGAUGAUAUUGUAAAAUUGCACAACACAUUCAAUUUUAACGAGAGCAAUAAGAAUCUUAAAAAGGAUGUAAAUUUAAUAGAAUUUGCAGAUUCCGGAAAAGUUCAGAAUUUCCAAAAAUUGAACGACACAGCUGAGAAACAGACGAACCCAUUUACUAUUCCUGACAAUUUGGCAAAACAAAAUAGUUCCCAAAAUUUGUACAGCGAGUCUGCUAGACAACUAAAUACAUUUCCUCCUAAUGAUGACUUUGGAAAACUCCACAAUUCUAUUAACGUUAACAUGCAAUCGACGAAUAAACCCGCUAUAAUUACUCCUACUGAUGACUUUGGAAAGCUUCACAACUCUAUUAAC